AUGUCUUUUGAAAUCGUUGACAGUCACCAUCAUUUUUGGUUGUUGUCUCCAUCUAAUCCAGUACAAUACAAUUGGCUCCGACCUACAUCCGAAGGUGGAGCACCGUCGCAUCCAGCUGGUGACAUUGAACAACUGAAAAAGAGUUAUGUACUCGAUGAUUAUCUUCGUGAUGUAAACAGCUCGACAUUUCAGCUGGUAAAAUCCGUUCAUGUUCAAGCCGAAGCGCAUGAUGCCUUAGAAGAAGUGAAAUAUCUCGAACAGGUGGCAAACGGAAACUCUGGUGGAUUUCCACAUGGUAUCGUUGCCCAUGCUAACUUGGCAUCACCCGAUUUACCGAAAUUAAUCGAAACUUAUGUACGUGAUUAUCCACGUGUGAAAGGUGUUCGUCAGCUAUUGAAUUGGUCAACAGAAAAUGUGCUGUUAUGUAUGACAGAUCGAGGAGAUUAUUUGACAGAUAAAACAUGGCUUGAAGGUUUUCAAUUACUUACCUCCAAUUCUUUAUCUUUUGAUAUGCAUGUUUAUCCAUCUCAGAUGGUCGACGCAGCAAAAGUCGCUCGACAACAUCCGAAUGCGACCAUUAUUCUUGAUCAUUGCGGUUUACCGGUCUUCGGUCUUACAGAUUUUAACGGAUGGAAGGAAGCGAUGGCACAUAUGGCUGAACAAUCAAAUGUUAUUUGUAAAUUAAGUGGUUUAGGCAUGUUUAACCGUGAAGCAUCCAAAGAAUUAUAUUCACCAUAUAUUGUCGAAUGCCUUCGUUUAUUCACACCGAAACGCUGCAUCUUUGGAUCGAAUUUUCCUGUUGAUAAACUAAAUGUGUCUUAUGAUAAACUUGUGAAUAUUUAUCGAGAUGCUGCAGAAAAUGACGCAGGUCUAUCCAAAGAUGAAUUGAACUUGGUAUUCAAAGAGAAUGCAAUCAAAACCUAUCGAUUAUAA